GGGGCGCAUGCGCACGGUCGAACGGGGUGCGGGCGGAGAGCGGGCGGCGUGCAGCCUCCACGCUCGUUGGUAAUGAAUCGCCGGUACCCGCGGGUCGCGCUGCGUUCCUAACGUUCGAGCGCUGCUAAAAGUUGAACAUUGCGCUGCGUUGCGUCGCUCCGCGGCGCCAUCUCCCGACCGCGGGUGUUGAAGGCGCUCUCAAAAUAAAGAUCUAACAAAGAAGAGGAAUUGCAAUGAUAUGACAAUAACAAACUUUUCUCUAUUAUAUUCUAAGGAAAUAAGUUAACUAUGUACGAUGCAAUCGAGACAAUAAUAAUCUAAGUUAAGAAGUAUUUUAAAUCGACAAGCGAAAUAUACUGGAAUUAGAAUAUCAAAUGUCUGUUGACAUAAUGACUACAGAAGCGAGGAGGCGACCGAGGGUUGCCAUGGAAACGGGAGGACUACCGCUGGUAUAUACGUUUGCUCUUCUCACUAUAGUUGCAGGUCAGAUGCAAGGGUCAGGCUAUAGCGAGGUGGAGCCGGAAUUUCUCUCCCCGUUGGAAAAUAUUACCGUCGCGCAAGGGUGGGACGUUCAUUUUACAUGCACCGUCAACCAUCUAGGUGCAUAUAAGGUGGCCUGGAUCAAAUCAGACACAAAAACGAUCUUAGCAAUACACACGCAUAUGGUAACCCUCAACCCGAGGUUGUCAGUCACACACAAUGGCCACAACACUUGGAAGCUGUACAUCAGCAACGUGGAACCUAAGGAUUCUGGCACUUACAUGUGUCAGAUAAACACCGACCCAAUGAAAAGUCAGACGGGUCAUCUCUCGGUAGUUAUACCACCAGACAUAGCAGAUGACGACCGUUCUGAGGCAGGUGCACCUGAAGGCGGUUCCGUGGAACUUCGAUGUACUGCGACUGGAGUACCGGAGCCGACAGCCUCAUGGAAGAGAACUGAAGGACGCAACAUUGUGUUCCGGGAUGAUAACGGCAAAGAAAUAAAAGUUGUGGCCAACUACACGGGGUCAACGCUCUCCCUAAGAGGUCUCAAGCGGACUGAUAUGGGCACGUAUUGGUGUAUCGCUGCGAACGGAAUCCCUCCGACCAAGACCCGCCGCUACGAGGUAUCUGUAUAUUUCGAGCCAAUAGUUCGCGUUGCAAGUCUGGUUGUGUGGCGUGCUGCGGACAUGCAAGUCACUCUGCAAUGCUAUGUGGAGGCUUCAUCGAAGUCACUCACUAUGUGGCAAAGAGGGAAAUCGCAAACGGGUGCAAAGUUGCUGAAUAGCUCGAAGUACAUUAUAUCGGCGGAUUUUCUGAACGAGUACGCGAUGCGCAUGAACUUGACGAUAAACCGCCUCAAGAAAAAUGACUUCGGAGAGUACACUUGCUCCGCAUCAAAUGCAUACGGAAAAGCUAAUGCUACCAUUAUACUAAAAGAAACGCCACAGAAGACGACCACAACCACAACGACGACGACGACAACGACGACCACGACAACAACUACAGAGCGCACGACAACAGCAUUGGUGACAACAACGCGCCCACCGAAACGUCAUUUCAAGAAGCAACAAGAAUGGAACCAGAAUACUAUCGACAUAGAAUCUUCAUAUGGAGUCAACAACGCGUACAAUUCGUACAAUGUGAAUGCAUACGGACCGGCAAAUAGUACCCAUAAUGAAUACGCCCAACGAACCGAGAGACAGAAAGUACGGCCGUCCGGUCCGCCUCGACAUUACGUCGCUUACAACAGAGGCACGUACUGUAACACGCCUGUUGUUAUCAUUAUCGUAACUUUAUUGAUUGCGUAAACGAGAAUUUUUUUUUUUAUAUAUUUCUUUUCGUAUUAGGUGAUAAAAACAUGGCUGUUGAAAUUUUAGAAUGUAACGUAAAGGGAGUUGUUGUAAGCGAUUUAGUUACUUCCCAGUGUUGACAUUGUUAUGUAAAUGAAAUCAGUCGUUUAUGAUAAGUAGUAAAUAUCAGCUUUAAAUUAAGUGUAAAUUUUGACAUUAAAUAGAAAGGUUACAUAAUCAAAAAUUUAGGUAAUGAAAUUUUAUGAACAUAAUUUGACAAAAUAUCAAAAUUUUCAUAUCAAUACGAUACGAUUAAUAUGUGUAUCAAUCUUCAAAGAAUAUUUAAAUUGAGCUGAUUAUCAAAUAUCUGAAUCAUGUAAUAUUUUGGAAUAAAUAUGUAAAAAAUAAAUUCAUGAGAGAUGAUUAAGGUAUAACGCCUUACGUACUAAGGUUACACUAAUUUUUAUUCAUAUAAAUAGUUAAUAAUAAUUAUUAUAAGUCAUUAGCAAUAUUUUUUACAUGACAAUAUGAUUAUAAAGACAAUAAUAGAGACCAACAUAAACGAGGACAAAGUAUAUUUGUGUAACAU